GCGGCGGCACCUGGCUGGGGGUUGCGGCGCGGAUGGGCCGGCGCUGCUGUCCCCAGCCCCAGUGCUGAGGCAGGCAGAGCGCAGUGGGCUCUGGUGGAGGUCGGGAGAACUGCAGGGCGAAGGCCGCCGGGGGCUCCGCGGGCUGCGGGGGGAGGCACUUGACACCGGCCCGGGGAGAGGAGGGGCCGCUGUCCCUGCGGCCAGUGCUGGAUGCGGGGACCCAGCGCAGAAGCAGCGCCAGGUGGAGCCAUCGAAGCCCCCACCCACAGGCUGACAGAGGCACCGUUCUGCAGAGGGCUUAACACCGGGAUCUAUGUUUAAGUUUUAACUCUCGCCUCCAAAGACCACGAUAAUUCCUUCCCCAAAGCCCAGCAGCCCCCCAGCCCCGCGCAGCCCCAGCCUGCCUCCCGGCGCCCAGCUGCCCGCCAUGCCCUCCAGCGGCCCCGGGGACACCAGCAGCUCUGCUGCGGAGCGGGAGGAGGACCGAAAGGACGGAGAAGAGCAGGAGGAGCCGCGUGGCAAGGAGGAGCGCCAAGAGCCCAGCACCAUGGCACGGAAGGUGGGGCGGCCUGGGAGGAAGCGCAAGCACCCCCCGGUGGAAAGCAGUGACACGCCAAAGGACCCUGUGGUGAUCUCCAAGUCCCCAUCCAUGGCCCAGGACUCAGGCCCCUCAGAGCUAUUACCCAAUGGGGACUUGGAGAAGCGGAGUGAGCCCCAGCCAGAGGAGGGGAGCCCUGCUGGGGGGCAGAAGGGCGGGGCCCCAGCAGAGGGAGAGGGUGCAGCUGAGACCCUGCCUGAAGCCUCAAGAGCAGUGGAAAAUGGCUGCUGCACCCCCAAGGAGGGCCGAGGAGCCCCUGCAGAAGCGGGCAAAGAACAGAAGGAGACCAACAUCGAGUCCAUGAAAAUGGAGGGCUCCCGGGGCCGGCUGCGGGGUGGCUUGGGCUGGGAGUCCAGCCUCCGUCAGCGGCCCAUGCCGAGGCUCACCUUCCAGGCGGGGGACCCCUACUACAUCAGCAAGCGCAAGCGGGACGAGUGGCUGGCACGCUGGAAAAGGGAGGCUGAGAAGAAAGCCAAGGUCAUUGCAGGAAUGAAUGCUGUGGAAGAAAACCAGGGGCCCGGGGAGUCUCAGAAGGUGGAGGAGGCCAGCCCUCCUGCUGUACAGCAGCCCACUGACCCUGCAUCCCCCACUGUGGCUACCACGCCUGAGCCCGUGGGGUCCGAUGCUGGGGACAAGAAUGCCACCAAAGCAGGCGAUGACGAGCCAGAGUACGAGGACGGCCGGGGCUUUGGCAUUGGGGAGCUGGUGUGGGGGAAACUGCGGGGCUUCUCCUGGUGGCCAGGCCGCAUUGUGUCUUGGUGGAUGACGGGCCGGAGCCGAGCAGCUGAAGGCACCCGCUGGGUCAUGUGGUUCGGAGACGGCAAAUUCUCAGUGGUGUGUGUUGAGAAGCUGAUGCCGCUGAGCUCGUUUUGCAGUGCCUUCCACCAGGCCACGUACAACAAGCAGCCCAUGUACCGCAAAGCCAUCUACGAGGUCCUGCAGGUGGCCAGCAGCCGCGCGGGGAAGCUGUUCCCAGUGUGCCACGACAGUGAUGAGAGUGACACUGCCAAGGCCGUGGAGGUGCAGAACAAGCCCAUGAUUGAAUGGGCCCUGGGGGGCUUCCAGCCCUCUGGCCCUAAGGGCCUGGAGCCACCAGAAGAAGAGAAGAAUCCCUACAAAGAAGUGUACACGGACAUGUGGGUAGAACCUGAGGCAGCUGCCUACGCACCACCUCCACCAGCCAAAAAGCCCCGGAAGAGCACAGCGGAGAAGCCCAAGGUCAAGGAGAUUAUUGAUGAGCGCACAAGAGAGCGGCUGGUGUACGAGGUGCGGCAGAAGUGCCGGAACAUUGAGGACAUCUGCAUCUCCUGUGGGAGCCUCAAUGUCACCCUGGAACACCCCCUCUUUGUUGGAGGAAUGUGCCAAAACUGCAAGAACUGCUUUCUGGAGUGUGCGUACCAGUACGACGACGACGGCUACCAGUCCUACUGCACCAUCUGUUGCGGGGGCCGUGAGGUGCUCAUGUGCGGAAACAACAACUGCUGCAGGUGCUUUUGCGUGGAGUGUGUGGACCUCUUGGUGGGGCCGGGGGCUGCCCAGGCAGCCAUUAAGGAAGACCCCUGGAACUGCUACAUGUGCGGGCACAAGGGUACCUAUGGGCUGUUGCGGCGGCGAGAAGACUGGCCCUCCCGGCUCCAGAUGUUCUUCGCUAAUAACCACGACCAGGAAUUUGACCCUCCAAAGGUUUACCCACCUGUCCCAGCUGAGAAGAGGAAGCCCAUCCGGGUGCUGUCUCUCUUUGAUGGAAUUGCUACAGGGCUCCUGGUGCUGAAGGACUUGGGCAUUCAGGUGGACCGCUACAUUGCCUCGGAGGUGUGUGAGGACUCCAUCACGGUGGGCAUGGUGCGGCACCAGGGGAAGAUCAUGUACGUCGGGGACGUCCGCAGCGUCACACAGAAGCAUAUACAGGAGUGGGGCCCAUUCGAUCUGGUGAUUGGGGGCAGUCCCUGCAAUGACCUCUCCAUCGUCAACCCUGCUCGCAAGGGCCUCUACGAGGGCACUGGCCGGCUCUUCUUUGAGUUCUACCGCCUCCUGCAUGAUGCGCGGCCCAAGGAGGGAGAUGAUCGCCCCUUCUUCUGGCUCUUUGAGAAUGUGGUGGCCAUGGGCGUUAGUGACAAGAGGGACAUCUCGCGAUUUCUCGAGUCCAACCCUGUGAUGAUUGAUGCCAAAGAAGUGUCAGCUGCACACAGGGCCCGCUACUUCUGGGGUAACCUUCCCGGUAUGAACAGGCCGUUGGCAUCCACUGUGAAUGAUAAGCUGGAGCUGCAGGAGUGUCUGGAGCAUGGCAGGAUAGCCAAGUUCAGCAAAGUGAGGACCAUUACUACGAGGUCAAACUCCAUAAAGCAGGGCAAAGACCAGCAUUUUCCUGUCUUCAUGAAUGAGAAAGAGGACAUCUUAUGGUGCACUGAAAUGGAAAGGGUAUUUGGUUUCCCAGUCCACUAUACUGACGUCUCCAACAUGAGCCGCUUGGCGAGGCAGAGACUGCUGGGCCGGUCAUGGAGCGUGCCAGUCAUCCGCCACCUCUUCGCUCCGCUGAAGGAGUAUUUUGCGUGUGUGUAAGGGACAUGGGGGCAAACUGAGGUAGCGACACAAAGUUAAACAAACAAACAAAAAACACAAAACAUAAUAAAACACCAAGAACGUGAGGAUGGAGAGAAGUAUCAGCACCCAGAAGAGAAAAAUGAAUUUAAAACAAAAACCACAGAGGCGGAAAUACCGGAGGGCUUUGCCUUGCGAAAAGGGUUGGACAUCAUCUCCUGAUUUUUCAAUGUUAUUCUUCAGUCCUAUUUAAAAACAAAACCAAGCUCCCUCCCCUUCCUCCCCCUCCCCUUUUUUUUCCGGUCAGACCUUUUAUUUUCUACUCUUUUCAGAGGGGUUUUCUGUUUGUUUGGGUUUUGUUUCUUGCUGUGACUGAAACAAGAAGGUUAUUGCAGCAAAAAUCAGUAACAAAAAAUAGUAACAAUACCUUGCAGAGGAAAGGUGGGAGAGAGGAAAAAAAGAAAUUCUAUAGAAAUCUAUAUAUUGGGUUUUUUUUUGUUGUUUUUUUUGUUUUUUUGUUUUUUUGUUUUUUUUUACUAUAUAUCUUUUUUUUGUUGUCUCUAGCCUGAUCAGAUAGGAGCACAAGCAGGGGACGGAAAGAGAGAGACACUCAGGCGGCAGCAUUCCCUCCCAGCCACUGAGCUGUCGUGCCAGCACCAUUCCUGGUCACGCAAAACAGAACCCAGUUAGCAGCAGGGAGACGAGAACACCACACAAGACAUUUUUCUACAGUAUUUCAGGUGCCUACCACACAGGAAACCUUGAAGAAAAUCAGUUUCUAGAAGCCGCUGUUACCUCUUGUUUACAGUUUAUAUAUAUAUGAUAGAUAUGAGAUAUAUAUAUAAAAGGUACUGUUAACUACUGUACAACCCGACUUCAUAAUGGUGCUUUCAAACAGCGAGAUGAGUAAAAACAUCAGCUUCCACGUUGCCUUCUGCGCAAAGGGUUUCACCAAGGAUGGAGAAAGGGAGACAGCUUGCAGAUGGCGCAUUCUCACAGUGGGCUCUUCCCCUUGGUUUGUAACGAAGUGAAGGAGGAGAACUUGGGAGCCAGGUUCUCCCUGCCAAAAAGGGGGCUAGAUGAGGUGGUCGGGCCCGUGGACAGCUGAGAGUGGGAUUCAUCCAGACUCAUGCAAUAACCCUUUGAUUGUUUUCUAAAAGGAGACUCCCUCAGCAAGAUGGCAGAGGGUACGGAGUCUUCAGGCCCAGUUUCUCACUUUAGCCAAUUCGAGGGCUCCUUGUGGUGGGAUCAGAACUAAUCCAGAGUGUGGGAAAGUGACAGUCAAAACCCCACCUGGAGCAAAUAAAAAAACAUACAAAACGUA